GAGCCUUAGAGCUGCAUUUCGAGUGGGCAGCGCGACAGGGAUGGAAUCGCUACUGCCAUACAAACAUGCCCAUGCCAGCGGGGAUCUUUGAAGGAGGUCGCCAGGUGGAGACAGACCAAGAUGAACAGUGCCUCUGCUAGGCAAAAUGUACGCUACUUUAGGAAUGAGCUUGACUGCUUGCAGUUCCGAAACGUGAAUACAAUAAAGAAAGCGGAGCGUCGACUCGGUAAAGUUCCCGGAGCGGUUGCAGCAGAGGCUCGAGAAAACCUUAGGGGUGCUUUAGAAAACUUUGACCCCAACGAAAAUGAGCUUCUUGAAGACGAAGAAAUGCAUGGAGACGAGGAUGAGUUUGAUGCUGACGAGGUCGAGACUGGUCCAUAUUUCCCACAAACUGACAUUACUCAACCCGGACAAAGUACCCAAGAAGAUCUUUUUGAUGGUUACAGGAUUAUAUCCAAAAUAUCUGGAAAAAUUCCUUACUCCGUCCCCGGUAUCAGUUCGAUGAAAUUGAUGGGCAUCGACAGUGAUAGGUUAUGGGAAAUAUUUUUCCAAAAGGCCAUUCCCUUGGGUUUACUAGAAGUAUACAUCGACAGUGCUCGUGCUGGUGGAGAUGAGGCCGGUCCAUCGAGACGUGAUUAUCGUGUUCGUUCGCAGGGGGAGACGAUUGCAGAUGAAGUUAUUGACAACCCUGAUUCUGAUGAUGAUGAAGAGUACAUUCCUUCGGACGAUGACAUUGACACAGAAGAACAUUGGAUCCAUGAAAUGGAAGCUGAAGCUGGUGUAAGAGGAAUUUCUGGUGGCGUGUCCGAUGGCCCUCUUGCAAUAGGAACUGUAGUCGAUGUUGUCUAUGCAUCCGAACCACCAAACCUUAAUGUUACGCCUGAAGAGACCACGCACUUUAAGUAUGCAUUUUGGGCGUUCGCCGCGGCAAUACAUGGAUUACAAUACUGCAUGCCUGUAGUGACGGUGGACGGAACUCAUUUGUACGGAAAGUACAAGGGCCAUCUCCUUCUUGCGGUUGCCAUGAAUGGUAAUCGUGAAAUCUUUUCUUUGGCUUAUGCGGUUGUUGACGGAGAAACGUGUGAGAGUUGGGAUUGGUUUUUUCGCCUUCUUGUUCAGAGGGUUAUCGGCUCACAACAAGUCUGUAUUAUUUCUGAUAGACAUAUUGGGAUCAUCAACUCCUAUCGUGACCUUCCAGAACUACGGACCAAAUUGAUAAUGAAACAUUUUUGUCUUCGCCACGUUCGGAGCAACUUCAUGACAAAGUUCCGGAACAGUGAUCUUAAAAAUUUGGUUUGGGCCGCUGGUAGUACACAUAAUAUCCAACAAUUUGAAGGAUAUAUGGCUGAAAUACGAAACAUGAGUGAGGAGGGAUAUCAGUAUUUAAAUGAUAUUCCCCAUGCGGCAUGGACCCUUUGUUUUGAUGGUGGGUUUAGGUGUGGUAUCUUAACGACAAAUAGUUCCGAGAGUUUCAACAAUAUGCUGAAAGGUUGUCGAAUGUUACCUGUCACUGCCAUUUUAUCCAUGUCCUAUGCCAAGAUGGUUGAAUUGUUUGCUAAAAGGUACAAGCUUGGUAUUCAGUGGCAAGAACAGAGCAUGCACAUUACUCCGAAAGUUAAAAAUGUUCUCCUUAAUCGGGAGAAAACUAAGCACAAGUGGACAGUCUCAAGCUACGGUAACAACCAAUACGUAGUGACUCACACAUCUCGAACAGAUCCUUCUUCCAUUUACAACUACUUGGUCAAUUUGUUUAAUAGUGUAUGCACUUGUGGGCAGUGGACUUCCGAUAAUAUACCUUGUGUUCAUGUUCAUGCUGUUUACCACUCUUUUCGACAACAAGUUCCUCACAACAUAUUACCGGCUAGGUACUCGGUUCAAAACUAUUUGAGUUGUUAUAGUGGUAUAAUUCAACCUGUUCUUUUCCCUCAAAAUUUGGAUGUUGGCAACUAUAAAGUUUUACCACCCAAACGGCCAACAGAUGAGAUUCCACGUUCAGGGAGACGUCAACGCAAUCGAUACCAGGGCGAGAUGGAUUUCAGGGCAAGGAGAUGAUUUUAGUUUAAUAAUUUUUUUAGUUUGUUUCAGGGAAGAUAUUGUAAUUCUUGUUUACUUCAGAUGUUGAGAAUGUAACUUUCUGUUGAUGUUUUAAUAUAUUUAUGUUUUCAAUAUUACGUUCUUUUUCUUGUUGAACAUCUCUUUAUUAAAUUUUUAUUGGUUGA